AUGGCCAAAAAAGCAAAAGCUAGAGUUAUUCUUGUGAAGCUCUUAUCCACCGCUGGUACUGGCUACAAUUACAUUAAAAGUCGUCCAAGAGUAGCAUCCAAACUAUCUUUGAUGAAGUACGAUCCGAUGGUCAAGAAGCAUGUGUUAUUUACCGAAACGAAGAUGAAAAAAUAG